UUAAGCAACGUUCCCACCCACCUCCUAGGUUUAUAAUCCUCUGCGUGGAGUAGCGCACCAACUUUGCCUGUUCGUGAAGCGUCACAAAGUCUUUAUUUCGACAAAAUGAGGGAAAUCGUUCAUCUUCAAGCUGGCCAAUGCGGGAACCAGAUUGGAGCCAAGUUUUGGGAGGUGAUAAGCGACGAACACGGUAUUGACCCAACCGGGGUAUACCACGGGGACAGCGACCUUCAGUUGGACCGUAUCAACGUGUAUUACAACGAGGCGUCAGGUGGAAAGUAUGUCCCUCGUGCUGUUCUGGUGGACUUGGAGCCGGGCACUAUGGACUCUGUGAGGUCUGGUCCUUUUGGACAGGUGUUUAGGCCUGACAACUUUGUUUUUGGUCAGAGCGGUGCUGGUAAUAACUGGGCUAAGGGCCACUACACUGAAGGAGCCGAGCUGGUGGACUCGGUGCUGGAUGUGGUGAGGAAGGAGGCGGAGAGCUGCGACUGCCUGCAGGGCUUCCAGCUCACCCACUCCCUGGGAGGAGGCACCGGCUCCGGCAUGGGCACGCUCCUCAUCAGCAAGAUCCGGGAGGAGUAUCCGGACCGCAUCAUGAACACGUUCAGCGUGGUGCCGUCACCCAAGGUGUCAGACACCGUGGUGGAGCCCUAUAACGCCACCCUGUCCGUCCACCAGCUGGUGGAGAACACCGAUGAGACCUACUGCAUUGACAACGAGGCGCUGUACGACAUCUGCUUCCGUACGUUGAAGCUGACCACGCCCACCUACGGCGAUCUGAACCACCUGGUGUCGGCCACAAUGAGCGGCGUCACCACCUGCCUGCGCUUCCCCGGCCAGCUGAACGCCGACCUGAGGAAGCUGGCCGUCAACAUGGUGCCGUUUCCCAGACUGCACUUCUUCAUGCCGGGCUUCGCCCCGCUGACGAGCCGAGGCAGCCAGCAGUACAGGGCCCUGACAGUCCCUGAACUCACCAUGCAGAUGUUCGACGCCAAGAACAUGAUGGCGGCGUGCGACCCGCGCCACGGCCGCUACCUGACGGUGGCGGCCAUCUUCCGUGGCCGCAUGUCCAUGAAGGAGGUGGACGAGCAGAUGCUGAACGUUCAGAACAAGAACAGCAGCUACUUCGUGGAGUGGAUCCCCAACAACGUGAAGACGGCCGUCUGCGACAUCCCGCCACGCGGCCUCAAGAUGGCCGCCACCUUCAUUGGAAACAGCACAGCCAUCCAGGAGCUGUUCAAGCGCAUCUCGGAGCAGUUCACCGCCAUGUUCCGCCGCAAGGCCUUCCUGCACUGGUACACUGGCGAGGGCAUGGACGAGAUGGAGUUCACCGAGGCAGAGAGCAACAUGAACGACCUGGUGUCUGAAUACCAGCAGUACCAGGAGGCCACGGCAGAGGAGGAGGGAGAGUUUGAAGAGGAGGGAGAAGAAGACCUGGCCUAAGCAGCCGCCAUGUUGUUUUUCCUCCUGAUCUGCAGUUACAAUCAGGAAGCUUUUAGGUCAAAACACUGAAGUUGUGCUAAACAGCAGCAGCUUUACUGCUACUGAGAUUGAAGGAUUUUCUCAGGCUCAGCUUGAAUCAUGUUAGAUUUUACAUUAGAACUAAUUCUGGAAUAUACAUAUUUUAAAUGUGUAAAGCUGACUCUACUAGUGAUGUUAAAGUGUAACUAACCCCUGUUAGAAAGCAUCAAAGCAGGCAGAGCCAAAAGACUGAGCCAGGUGUAGGGCUGAGCGGUAAGCCUGGUAUAUUAACAUAUUUUGCUGAAUGAUAAAUCACCUAGAAGUUAUUGCGAUAAACAAUUAUAUUCUUGUUUUGAGACCAUUUUCAAGUAAUAUGAGAUUGGCAUUAUGCAAGAACACAUCUUCAAAUUUCAUUAAACUUUAGCUUCUAAUGAAUAUUUAACACUGGA